GUCGCAGCGCGCGCGCUGUUAGAUCUGUUAGGCGGGCUGGUGCUGAGCGGUCGGGCACAGUUGAACUCAUCGGGCAGUGACGGCGGCUACCCGAACAAGGGUGCGACCCUUGCUCCGUUUCUCUGUCCUUACGGGGAAUAAAUCUCUCUUGAAACAGAUGUUCAAGAUCCCUGCGUCUUCCUGCAGUGGAUACUGAGCCCGGCACCUGCGGAUUCCUCGGUUGGCAGUUUUGCCAGGUGUUUGUCACAUUGGAAAAUGGCUAAUGGACAGGACCGGGUAGUUGCUCUUGUGGAUAUGGACUGUUUUUUUGUUCAAGUGGAACAGCGACAAAAUCCCCAUUUGAGGAAUAAACCUUGUGCAGUUGUACAGUACAAAUCAUGGAAGGGUGGUGGAAUAAUUGCAGUGAGUUAUGAAGCUCGUGCAUUUGGGGUCACUAGAAGUAUGUGGGCAGAUGAUGCUAAGAAGUUAUGCCCAGAUCUUCUACUGGUACAAGUUCGUGAGACCCGUGGGAAAGCUAACCUCACCAAGUACCGGGAGGCCAGUGUGGAAGUGAUGGGUAUAAUGUCUCGUUUUGCUGUGAUUGAACGUGCCAGCAUUGAUGAGGCUUAUGUAGACCUGACUGGUGCUGUACAAGAGAGACUACAAGAGCUGCAAGGUCAGCCUAUCUCAGCAGACCUGUUGCCAAGAACCUACAUUGAAGGGUUGCCCCACAGCCUUAAAGCAGCAGAAGGGACUAUUCAGAAAGAGGAGAUGAGAAAACAAGGCUUAUUUCAAUGGCUUGAUUCUCUUCAGAUUGACAACACCACCUCUCCAGACCUGCAGCUCACUGUGGGAGCAGUGAUUGUGGAGGAAAUGAGAGCAGCUAUAGAGAGAGAGGCUGGUUUUCAGUGUUCAGCUGGAAUUUCACACAAUAAGGUCCUGGCAAAACUGGCCUGUGGACUAAACAAGCCCAACCGCCAGACCCUGGUCUCACAUGGGUCAGUCCCGCAGCUCUUCAGCCAGAUGCCUAUUAGCAAAAUUCACCAUCUUGGAGGAAAGCUAGGGGCCUCUGUAAUUGAAAUCCUAGGGGUCAAAUACAUGGGUGAACUGAUCCAGUUCACUGAGUCCCAGCUCCAGAGUCAUUUUGGGGAGAAGAAUGGAUCUUGGCUGUAUGCUAUGUGCCGUGGGAUUGAACAUGAUCCAGUUAAACCCAGACAAGUACCCCAAACCAUUGGCUGCAGCAAGAACUUCCCAGGAAAAACGGCUCUGACUACUCAGGAACAGGUACAAUGGUGGCUUUUGCAGUUAGCCCAGGAACUACAGGAGAGACUAACCAAGGACCGAAAUGAUAAUGACAGGGUGGCCACCCAGCUGGCAGUGACAGUUCGCAAACAAGGAGACAAACAUAUCAAAAGCUGGCACCGUCGUUGUGCUCUUACCUGCUAUGAUGCUCACAAGAUGAGCCGUGAUGCAUUUGCUGUCAUCAGGAACUCUAAUACAUCAGGAACCCAUACUGACUGGUCCCCUCCUGUCAUAAUGCUUUUCCUCUGUGCUACCAAAUUCUCUGCCAGUGCCCCUCCAUCUUGCACAGACAUCACCAUCUUCUUGAACAAUGACUCAAGUUCUUUGCCUAAGUUGUCAAUUACCCAUUCAGAAGCUAAGAACCAGGGAAGUGGCCCAGCGGUGACAGCCACUAAGAAAGCAACCACUUCUCUGCAAUCAUUAUUCCAAAAAGCUGCAGAAAAGCAGAAAGUCAGAGAAGCUUCACUUUCAUCUUUUACUGCUACUACCCAGGCCUCCAUGAGCAAUUCACCAUCCAAGCCCUCAUUGCCUUUCCAAAGCAGCCGUACUACAGGAACCGAGCCCUUCUUUAAGCAGAAAAGUCUGCUUCUGAAGCAGAAACAGUUUAAUAAUCCUUCAGUUUUCUUCCCUCCACAAAACCCAUGUUCCAGCCCUAAAGAGUUACCAAACUGUUUCCCAACAGAAUAUCCAGACUGCAUCCCUGUCUGUGAAGAAGCAUUGAGGCCAGUAUCCUCUAAAGCCACUCCUGCAGAGAUGGAUUUGGCCCCCACUAACCUAAGCACACUUGCUUCUUUAACUUCCAAGUCUGCUUUGGAGGUGGCUCAGCAGGCACCUACUACCCCCAGUCUUCUGGCAGCUGAGGAUCAAGUGCCCUGUGAAAAGUGUGGCUCUCUGGUACCUGUAUGGGAUAUGCCAGAACACAUGGACUAUCAUUUUGCAUUGGAGUUGCAGAAAUCCUUUUUGCAGACACCCUCUUCAAACCCUCAGGUUGUUCCUGCCAGUUCUCCUCAAAGCAAAAGAAAUCCCAAGAGUCCUUCAGCCUCCAAUAGUAAGCGCCUUCGCCCUGAGGGCAUGCAGACAUUGGACUCAUUUUUUAAGCCAUUAGCACACUAGUGCUGCCCUCAGGCUUGCUGUAGGGUUUUCAUAUUUUAUCUGUAAUCUGGGCGAUGGAAAUAUGUUCACUUCUCAAGGAAAUUCAUAACUCUAUGAACUGUUAAGAAAAAUUUGUUAUCUUUUAAGAAAAACGAUCCCGUUGGAUGCUGAGUUAAGGCUCCCAUCUCUUUACAGGCAUGGAUUCUAAUCCCAUUGCUGACAGGGAUGUAAAAAUUCAUCUUCCAGAAUUACAACUGCUCUGGACUUUUGUUAGUUUAGGGAGGCAGUGUUGCAGUAAACAAUGCGUGGGCCUCUCAGCUUAGGAGAUCUGGUUCCAAACCUGAUUCUGCCUCUUGGAGCACGGCCUUGAGCAAGUCACGUUCCUUGUGUUUCCUCAUCUGUGAAGUUGAUAUAAUACUUCACAGAUGAUCAGAGAUUAAGAACCAUGUAUUUAAAGUAUGUAGCUUAAAGCUGGCACAGAAGAGGAACUGAGUAAAAAAAGCUUUAAAAAAAAAAUUCCCCCAGCUCUGUGAUGGGGGCAGUCCAGAUAAUGCCUUGAGGUUGAGAAUGUGAGCAGCCUUGGAACCCUGAAGUGAUAACUACUUUAGGGUAGAGCUUUGCACCAGAAGCCACUCAAUAAAUAACUAAAUUCCUUAUAAAUUAACCCUAUUUCAGCCACUGGCCUUUCUACCUCUUGCAUUUUGUUCUAAUGUAGAAUGAGAUUGUUACUAGACCAGUUCAGGAACUCUGUUUAGAUUGGAGAAGUUGUGAUGAGAGCUAGAUUGUCUCUAGAACCUUGCUACUCUGAGUGUGACUGUAGAGCAGCAGCCUCAGCAUCAUCAGCUGCAACCAGACCCCCAUGCCUGCCGAACCAGCAUCUAUCUGUACAUUAACAGGAUUCCCCGGGUUGUGUAUCUUUGGUAGUUCCCAAAUUACCAAUCUGAAAGAUACCAAUGGCUGGCAUUUGCCUUAAACCCUAAGUUACAAAUUUAAGAGGUAAGUGCUUGGGCCUUCAGGGUCACUGGCAUCUUCAUUUCUUCCCUACUGAAGUGUAACUAUGUAGCUUAGGGUUUUAAAUUAUUGUAGCUUUUUGCACUUGUCCAUGUUUGUAGCACUGUAUUCUUAAAUCACCGUUCUUGUGUGUGGAAAGUAACCUUUUCUGCUUUUACGACAUGGGAAACCUCAAGUUACACAGAGAACCCAAGUGGAGAUGAACUGAGCUAGGUGCGGAUGGGGUGAAGUGGGUACGGAGAAUGGUGUACAUAUGCCUCCUCCCAUACAUAUAUGCAAAGCAAUCACUUUUUAAGCUUAUUUAUGAAUUGGAGGUCUAUUUAGUUUGAAGGAGGGAACAUUUGACAACCAUGGGUCUAAUAGGAAAUUAGUUCUUCCAAAAUAUUUUCUACUUCUGUGGCAGUUUUAAUAAAAGAUUUAUUUACUGUAUGCAUGGCCCUUUCUCUACUAGAUUUAGUUUCUUGAAGGCAAGAAUUCUUCACAGUGCCUUGUACAUAAUAGAUGCUUGAUGGUCAUUGGACGAAACAUAGUGAGAAAUUUUAGAUGAUUACUAGAAUUGGAACAAUAAAAAUGUAUCUACUAAUGGGUGUUGUGGGAAGG